AUGACCUUUUGGGGCGGCUCCUUGGCGGUGUCGCGGGUCCUCUAUCUGUUGGAUGGCCUGCUUAGCGAUGAAUUCUGUGCAGUGACCUUCCUCACGAGUUCUUCGAGGUGUGCUUUCCAAGCGAAGCAGUUGUUCGUAGUGUGUCCAUGCGUCCCAUGGAAGGCACAGUAUUUGCUAGUAUCCCUCCUGUCUGGAUCUCCUUUCAAGGGUGGCGGGUCUUCUUACCCAAGGUGGCUCUCGGGAUCGGAAUCUCCCUUGAAAUGCGUAAACGAAGGCGUUGAGAAUCGCUUCGGGGGAGUAGCCUGCUCGAUUUCAGGGGUGAAAGGAGUAGAGAUCGCUGGUCCAUCUCCUUACGUAGUGCAUCCUCGAGGUUCCCAGUCUUCAAGUCUCGAAGUCGGUCAUUCACAAGCUUCUCAACGUCUUCACGCCGCAGUGCUGGUCGAUCACGUUGGGCGACUUUUGCGAUUCGGGCGACGCUGA